AUGAGGACGGCAGCGCAAGCCCUGAGCCCUGACUCCCGGCCAGGGACGCGACGCCAGACCAGGAGGAAUGCGGCGGCCGCUCUGGGCUCACCGGGGCCCAGGGCGGGGCAGGACGGUGACAGGAAGUGCCCCCCCUCGAUCCUGAGGCGCAGCCAGCCGGAGCGCCGGGGCCGCGGGGCCGAGCCGCCGAGGGCCACGAGGCAUGUGAGGUUCCGCGAGCCCUUGGAGGCGGCCGUCCACUACAUCGCCGGCCGGGAGCCCGCGCCCACCGCCAAGGCGCCCCCCGCGCCCCGCCGGCCCGGGCCCCGCAGCGGCGCCGGCUCCCUGCUGCUGCGUCUGGCCGUGUGCGCCCUGCUGGUGCUGCUGCUGGGCCUGUGCUGCGGCCGGGCCAAGCCCGUCGCGCGGGCCCUGGAGGACCUGCGCGCCCGGCUCCGCACCCUCGCGCUGCACCUCCGGCACGCCGCCCUCGCCUGCUGGCACCGCCUGCCCCAGCUGUGA